CGCGUCGCUCCCAAGCGCGCGCAAGCGGUCCUCGGCCGCUCCGGGUACCUCAGGGACGCGCGGCCGGCGCUGCAUCCCCCCACCUUGGAGCCGGGCGCCGAGGUCUGAGGUGAGCCCCGAGGCGUGCGUUCCCCCGGACCGGCUGGGCGGGAAAGGAAGCGAUAUUCUACUAAAAGGAAGAAAUAUUCUACUAAAAGGAAGAAAUAGCUCUUCUCCUAAGAUGGAAUCUGUGGUGUGGGAAUGUGGCUGAUCAACUUGAUUUAUUGGUCAAAUGUGCCCUAUGUAAUAAAAUGGAAAGAAGAGACAAGAUGAUGUCACUUUCCCAUAUUGUGAAACCAAAAACAAAUGCCUUUUGUGAGACCAAGCUAACAAAGCUCUGACAGUGCAAGGGUAUUUAACUGUUGAAGAACUUUACAAUAAGAUAUUAGAAGAAGUACUUUCAAGCCGAGACCUGCAGGUGUACAGAGAUCUAAAAUUCAGAUUGAGUAGGCUGAUCAUCCGAAAUCUCAUUCAGAUCCAGGAAAGAUGGCAAUGAAUUGGAUUCUCUUCUCUCUUUGGCCCUUGACCAUGUUUGUGGGGCCUGUAAAUGGGCACAGUUUGUUUUCUUGUGAACCUAUUACCUUGAGGAUGUGCCAAGAUUUGCCUUAUAAUACCACCUUCAUGCCUAAUCUUCUGAAUCAUUAUGACCAACAAACGGCAGCUUUAGCAAUGGAGCCAUUCCAUCCUAUGGUGAAUCUGGAUUGUUCUCGAGAUUUCCGACCAUUUCUUUGUGCACUCUAUGCUCCUAUUUGUAUGGAAUAUGGACGUGUCACACUUCCCUGCCGAAGGCUGUGCCAGCGGGCUUACAGUGAAUGUUCAAAGCUCAUGGAGAUGUUUGGUGUUCCUUGGCCUGAAGAUAUGGAAUGCAGUAGGUUCCCAGAUUGUGAUGAGCCAUAUCCUCGACUUGUGGAUCUGAAUUUAGUUGGAGAUCCAACUGAAGGAGCCCCGGUGGCAGUGCAGAGGGACUAUGGUUUUUGGUGUCCCCGAGAAUUGAAAAUUGAUCCGGAUCUUGGUUAUUCUUUUCUGCACGUGCGUGAUUGUUCACCUCCUUGUCCAAAUAUGUAUUUUAGGAGAGAAGAACUGUCAUUUGCUCGCUAUUUCAUAGGACUGAUUUCAAUCAUUUGCCUUUCUGCCACGUUGUUUACUUUUUUAACUUUUUUGAUUGAUGUCACAAGAUUCCGUUAUCCUGAAAGGCCUAUUAUAUUUUAUGCAGUCUGCUAUAUGAUGGUAUCUUUAAUUUUCUUCAUUGGGUUUUUGCUUGAAGACCGAGUAGCCUGCAACGCAUCUAGCCCUGCACAAUAUAAAGCUUCUACAGUGACACAAGGAUCUCAUAAUAAAGCCUGUACCAUGCUUUUUAUGGUACUUUAUUUUUUCACCAUGGCUGGCAGUGUAUGGUGGGUAAUUCUUACCAUCACAUGGUUCUUAGCAGCUGUGCCAAAGUGGGGUAGUGAAGCUAUUGAGAAGAAAGCAUUGCUAUUUCACGCCAGUGCAUGGGGCAUCCCUGGAACUCUAACUAUCAUCCUUUUAGCGAUGAAUAAAAUUGAAGGUGACAACAUUAGUGGCGUGUGUUUUGUUGGCCUCUACGAUGUUGACGCAUUGAGAUACUUUGUUCUUGCUCCCCUCUGCCUAUAUGUGGUAGUUGGGGUCUCACUCCUGUUAGCUGGCAUUAUAUCCCUAAACAGAGUUCGAAUUGAGAUUCCAUUAGAAAAGGAGAACCAAGAUAAAUUAGUGAAGUUUAUGAUCCGGAUUGGUGUUUUCAGCAUUCUUUAUCUCGUACCACUCUUGGUUGUAAUUGGAUGCUACUUUUACGAACAAGCCUACCGUGGCAUCUGGGAAACAACAUGGAUACAAGAACGCUGCAGAGAAUAUCACAUUCCAUGCCCGUAUCAGGUUACUCAAAUGAGUCGUCCAGACCUGAUUCUGUUUCUGAUGAAAUAUCUGAUGGCUCUCAUAGUUGGUAUUCCCUCCAUUUUUUGGGUUGGAAGCAAAAAGACAUGUUUUGAAUGGGCCAGUUUUUUCCAUGGUCGUCGGAAAAAAGAGAUAGUGAAUGAGAGCCGACAGGUCCUCCAGGAACCUGAUUUUGCUCAGUCACUCCUGAGGGAUCCAAAUACUCCUAUAAUAAGAAAAUCAAGAGGAACUUCGACUCAAGGAACAUCCACACAUGCUUCUUCAACUCAGUUGGCUAUGGUGGAUGAUCAGAGAAGCAAAGCAGGGAGUGUCCACAGCAAAGUGAGCAGCUACCAUGGCAGCCUCCACAGAUCACGUGAUGGCAGGUACACUCCCUGCAGUUACAGAGGAAUGGAGGAGAGACUACCUCAUGGCAGCAUGUCACGGCUAACGGAUCACUCCAGGCACAGUAGUUCUCAUCGGCUCAAUGAACAGUCACGACACAGCAGCAUCAGAGACCUCAGUAACAAUCCCAUGACUCACAUCACACAUGGCACCAGCAUGAAUCGAGUGAUUGAAGAAGAUGGAACUAGUGCUUAAUUUGUUUUGUCUAAGGUAGAAACUCGUGCUAUUAAAAAGCAGAUUUUAUUCUUUGCCUUUGCAUGACUGACUGCUGAAACUCAGUUAUUGUGAUUUCAGUCAGGUGCAGAUUGUGUCCAUUGGAAAGGUAAAUUUUGCUUUUUAUAUUGCAUCAAACUUCAAACAUCAAGGCCUCCAAAACACUUAGAAUUAUAUAAUCUCAAAAGUAAUUCUUUCUAGGUUGUGAAGAGAUAAUAAUUUGUCUGGUAAGCAUUUUUAUAAACCCACUUAUUUUAUAUUUAGAAAAAUCCCAAAUGUGUGGUAACUGCUUUGUAGUGAACUUUCAUAUAAUAUGAACUAGUUGUGAGAUAACAUUCUGGUAGCUCUGUUAAUAAAACAAAAUUUCAGAAUUGAUGAAAUUUUCUAUGCAAGGCUUAUUUCUCAGAUGAAUAGUAGGACUUUGUAGUUUUAUUUCCAGUAAGUGAAAAAAAAACUUUUUAAACUGUAGGAGACUUUGAUAAAUCAGCAAGUGUAUUUUAGCUAAUAGAAUGUAAGUGCAACAGAAGAAUCUGACUAGUCUGCGGAAGGUUAUAUCAAAAUUCUAUCAAAAUAAUCUUUACCCAGAGAUAUUCAGGAUUUUAAUUAGCAAUGGAAUAAAAGCAGAGGUGGGCAUUUCCCCCCUAUUAUUGUGUUGUUUUUAUUACAUUUGUAAAUAUUGCUUUUACUGGCUGUAUUUUUAUAACUUAACCCAUAUGCAUGGUAUAAAAAUUUUUAUUUGUAACCAUUUCUUCUCAUGUAAUAGUAUUGAUUCAUAGAAAACUUCAUCUGCCCUGUGGAGGCAUCUAUUGAGAUAAGCAUCACACAUUGUAAGGCUUUUUGUGGUAACUACAAUUACAAAAUGUUUUUUCUGUAUUCAUUGUUGUAUUUUUCUACAGUGAAUUGUGACCUUGCCCAAACCACUAGACCUUGGUAGCCAGGCCCCCCUCCAUAGUGAGUUGAUUGUCUGCACUUGCACUGUCUCAGUAGCCAAUAGACUACAGCUUUUGUCCCACAUUCUUAUUUUCAGUUUCUGGAUCAUUCUUGUUUUAGUUGAAAUAUACGUAUAAUCUAAGUCCAAAGUGAUGAUUAAUUUGGUAUUUGAAAAUCAUGUAGCUAAAUGGAGCAUGGUUAAUCUCGCUAUGAAUAUCUUUUCAUCUUAAAAAAUCAAGUCAGAAAUGUUUAAUAUUUUAUCUUGUAAUGUUUAAGUGAUUUACAUAUGAACUGUGAACUUUAUAAGGUACAAAAGUAAUCAAAGGGAAAGAAAAAGUGUGGCAAAUGCUAGAUGUGUUAUGUAAAAAGGUGUAUUUAAACAAGUGGUCCUCAACCCUGACCACAGGUAAGAAUCAUUUGGAGAAUUUCUCAGGCCCAACACUUUCCACUGCUCACUUGAUAAUUACUAGUUUUUUGUUCUAAGACUUUCCAGGUGAUUUUAAUCUGCGGCCAGGCUUGAAACCAAUUGUUUUAAAUUAACUUGCCCCUGAUGAUCUGAUGGUAUCACCUUAUAUCACAUGAAGAUCUAGCUAGAUUCAAUUUUAUGCUUUUGUAUCAUUGCCUAAUAUACAAUUGUUUUCCAUUUUAUUGUCCAUUAUAAAAUGCAGGAUUCUGGGCUCAACUCCUAGAGAUUCUUAACUCAAAGGUGGUAUGAUGUUAAAAACCUGUAGUUGUAAAAAUACCACAGGUGAUUCUUGUGCAAGUAAUCCAAGAAUCACACUUUGAAAAAUAGUGUAGACUCUAGAGGCCUGGUUAUGCUGGAUGCAAGUUUUUGACCUUUAACAAAUCAGUCUCUCUGAGCUUUUGUUCCCUUGUUUGUAAAUGAGGAUAAAUGAUUAAAAACCUUCUCUGCCUACCUCAAAAAGUUGUCAAAUCAAGAUCAAAUGAAAAAAAUCACGUGAAAGCUGUUUGAAAAUGGUAAUCUGGCUGGCGCCGCGGCUCACUAGGCUAAUCCUCCACCUGCGGUGCCGGCACCCCGGGUUCUCGCCCCGGUUGGGGCCCCGGAUUCUGUCCCCGGUUGCUCCUCUUCCAGUCCAGCUCUCUGCUGAGGCCCGUGAGUGCAGUGGAGGAUGGCCCAAGUGCUUGGGCCCUGCCUGUCAAAAAAAAAAAAGAAAAGAAAAAAGAAAUAAAAUGGUAAAUCCCUUAUGAAAUAUAAGGAAUUAAGAAUAUUGAGGAUUUAUUUGAGGACUACUGUAAUAUUUCUUGAUACGUGUUUACCUUAUGUGUACUUUCUCUCUCACCCUUUAAAACAAAAAAGAUGGUGAAAAACAAGCUUUCAUCAGGCAAGAGUUUUUUCUGACAGUAAUUUGUUUGCAUUUCAUGUUUCUUUCAAAGCACAUGCUCAUUUAUCUUAUUAUGAGUUAUUAUUAAUUCUUUAAAAUAUAUUUAAACAU